AUGGUGCUUGAGUUAAAAAAGUGUGGUGGUGCCGCAUAUCAUUCCAUGAGCAUCAGCGCAGGUGAUGGUACCCCUAAUCGCUCAUUAACAGCUAAUCGUCACUUGCAAUGGAAAAGUCAGAAGGUAUUCAUCGACCGGAUAUAUCAGAUAUCCAACAAUUGUCAUCCCGGCAUCGGAUUGGAUCAAGCAGCUGCUGAACAUAUCCAAGAAAUAUUGAUAUGUUUAUUUUUGAAUUAUUGGAAUGUCAUCCGCAAACAAUCGAAGAUAUGGAACGAAUGUCAAAAUACUGCUGAAGCAUUACACAGGAUCCCACGAAAAAAACUUCAUGAUAAACGAAACGCAAAUUCGAAAAGCUUGAUGUCACUUCUGCAUACGCUGCAACCAAAACUAAAGGAAUUGCUGGGUUACAAACUAGAUGAGGAAGUGAUGCUAUACUUGCUUUCUGUCAUUGAAUACAUUGCUGCAGAUAUACUAAAGUGGACUGGAAAUUAUGUGAAAAACAUAAGAAAAUGUGAUCCUACUAUUGGUUUGCAGAAUUUGAAAAUUGCACUCAGCGCUGAUACAAGCUUGAUGGAGCUUACAGAAAUGUUGUAUAAUGAUGAGGAGACAUCCACAGCCGGAAUAUUAAAUGAUAAUGUUGAGGAUAUCGUGCAAGAAAUGUCAUAUGAAGAGGCAUCACGCGAUUUCAAUCGUGACGAAGCUCAAUAUCUUCGUGAUCUUAAUCUUAUCAUUCAUGUCUUCCGACGUCGUUUUGAGACCGUUUUUGAGGAUUCUGAUGAGCACUAUCUUGAUGAAAUGUUCGGUAACAUUUUGGAAUUGCACGAGUUAACAGUAAAGGUCCAACGAAUGUUGGAAGAUGCAAUUGAAAUGUCUGAUACUCCAUGUGUAGGAGCCGGAUUAUGGGAACUUGCAGAAGCUCACGAAUUUGAUGUUUACAUUGCUUAUAUGGAUUUGUUCAAGAGAUCGUUAACAACUGUUGUAGAAAAAGUGUUGAACGAUGCUAAAUAUGAGCAGUUUUUCAUGCUGGAGGAUCGAGCACAUAGUAUCACUCCUGGGGGCGAAACAUUUCGACUUGCUGUUAAAUAUGUCCUUCCUUCUCUUCUCGAGAUUCCUGUUAUUCAUUUCUUUCGUUACGUUGAAUUUACAAAUAUUUUAUGUCAUUUGGCACGACCACCUGAUGAAGUCGAAGAUUUAAAAAGCGCGAAAAGUUAUUUUAGUGGUCUUGCCGUGAAAGUGGAGUCACUAUGUCCUUUGUUUCUGAUUAAUCAUCUAAAAACAGAACAAAGCAUUCGAGCUCUGCCGGAAUCAAAUUGUUCACGUCAAAGACGAAGGAUUCAAGAAAUUCAGCGAAGCAUUGAACUAUGGGAAGGCAAGGAAAUUGGUUACAAAUGUGCGGAAGUUAUCAGAGAAGGUGAUUUGUUGCUGUUGCGAUCUGGACCAGUAUCUUCUGCUGAUACGCUAAAAAAGAACAGAGGAACAACUGUGCGUCAUGCAUUCCUCUUCGACCAUCUUUUAGUGCUUUGUAAAACAUUGCGCUCUUCGAGACCCGAAAAGCCACUUUAUAAGUUCAAGGAUAAAAUGCUUAUACGUAAAACAGAUAUAUUCGAUCUAACGGACACUGAAGAACUUCAAAAUGCUUUUAAAAUCGUAUCGCGAUCAAUAACUCAUGACCGAGCAGACAACACUUCUUGGGUACUGUUUUGCCGAACACCGGAAGAGAAAACUAGUUGGAUGUGCGAUUUAGUUAAAAUUCAAGCGAAAAGUUCGUUAGAUCGAAUGUUAGAUGCAUCGUUAAAAGAAGAAGAAAAGCGAGUCCCACUAAUUUUACCGACAUCUGACCAGUAUAGGUUUGCUGAUCAGGACUGCGAUGAAAAUAUUGUGUUUGAAGAUUAUACUUCGAGUAGUGGUAUACCAGUUGUUAAACAUGGAACUGUUCUGAAACUUGUUGAACGCUUAACUUACCAUUUAUACACGGAUUAUAAUUACGUGCGCACCUUCUUGACCACUUAUCACUCAUUUUGCACCUCCUCAGAAUUGUUGCAGUUGCUCAUCGAACGUUUUCAAGUACCUACUCCGCCACAGCUCCAAGUAGCUGGAGCGAAUAACACAUCUAACUUGGAAUCACGAGAACUUUUAAAUGGUCCUUAUGCUACUGUACAUUCUCAAGGUCUAAGAACUCAGGUUUCUCCGACACUUUUAAAUAGAAUUGAACGAAGUUAUCAACGAUUUCGCAAAGAAUACGAGCAGCCAAUACAGUGCAGGGUACUGAGUGUGAUUCGACAAUGGGUCAAUAACCACUGGUAUGAUUUCGAACAUAAUCCGAUUUUGUUACAAGACUUAUGCUCGUUUUUGGAGGAAACUGAUUCUCAUGGAAAAGUUAUCAAUCAAUACAAGAAAUGGUGCAAGAGUAUUAAAAAACGAGCUGACACUAUACCGUCGGUGGCACACAGCGCUUCACAAAGCGAGCCUUCUCCAUCAACAAUCACUUCGUAUGGUCCACAGAAACCGAAGAUUCUGUGGCAUAUUGCCGAGAAAGGAGCCAUCGAAACAUACGACCUUCUGUCACUACAUCCAAUUGAAAUCGGUCGACAGAUAACUCUGUUACAGUUUGACCUGUAUAAAGCUAUUAAACCCAUUGAACUGGUUGGUUCAGCAUGGACAAAAAGGGAUAAAGAUCUUAGAAGCCCACAGCUGUUGAAGCUUAUUGAUCAUAGUACUAUGUUAACCUACUGGGUUGCUCGCUGUAUUGUUGAAACUGCUUCGCUGGAUGAGCGGGUCUAUAUGUUCUCACGAGUGCUGGAAGUAAUGUCUGUUUUCGAAGAACUCAACAAUUUUACUGGACUUGUUGCUUUGUAUUCUGCUCUGAAUAGUAGUUCCGUAUAUCGACUCAAAGCAUGUUGGGAGAAAAUUGAUCGCGAAAAACAAGUAUGGUAUGAAAAAUUUAAGAAACUUUGCAAUCCGCAUUGGAAGGAAAUGAUUGAACGACUGAAAAGUAUCAAUCCGCCCUGCGUCCCCUUUUUUGGUCAUUAUCUUUCCAAAAUUUUUUUUUACGAAGAAGGAAACAGUACAUUUGUGCAAAGCGAAGAUCUUACUCAUGAACAGAUUAAUGCCGAAGGUAACACAUCAGUUGUGGGUGCAACAGGUCGUAAAGUGAUGGUGUCAUUUGUGAAAUGUCGUCGGAUAGCAUCAAUUAUCAGUGAUAUUCAGAUGUAUCAGAAUGAAUCGUACGCUUUGGAAGUGGAGCCAAGCGUGAGGCAUUUUUUUGAGACAAUUAAUCCACUAAACGGUUUUGAUGGGAAGGAAUCGUUGGAAACUUACAUGUGGGAACAGUCUUUGAAAGUGGAGCCAAAAGAUCCUGAUAAAAUGGAAUUUGUCAAACCGUCCAGACCACUUCACGUGCUGAAAUCACCAGGCAUCAAGCCACCUAAAGGGAUUUCGUCAGCACCAUCAACUAGUGGUCCAUCCAACCAUUACUCAGGACAUCGUGGUAGUGGGCGAGGGUUCUCGGCAUUUAACAAUUACAGUUCCAGUGUAUCCCACUCAUCGGAUAUGUCACGACCCAACUUAUUACCAAAUUUCGAGGACCGGAAUCCUUAUCUUGGGAUGGUUGAAAUCACUCCAGGUCAACAACCGCGAUAUCUUGGUGAUGCAAAGCGUGGUGCUCAGUCAACAAUUACUUCGCCAAUAGAACCACGUAUUCCGCCAAUAGUGUCGAAGGCUAGGCAUCGAAACGACAAGGCAUCUUCGACACCACCAAGUCCCCGUUCAUCGCAAAAUGGACAUUUCACUGCUCCAUCACCACCUCCUCUCUAUCCACGAAAAUUGUCGACCCAAGAACAAUUGGCUCCACUACCAUCUCUAAAAUUUUCAGUUCAUGCAAUUCCAGAUGUGAAUGGUCCUGUUCCGCCUCACUCUGCUCCAUUCUGCACUGCUCGACCAGACUCAUUCGUUUUUCCACCAUAUGGAGGAAAUGCAAUAUGUUCCCGAACAACAGCACCUUUGGAAAAUACCUCCACUGCAGUACAAACAGCAGGCAUGAUUCCAACAGUACCACCAAGGAAAAAAGUGGAGCCACUACCAUCACCACUGUCUGAUGAUGCUGUGCGCGUCGUCUGGAAUAAAGAAGCAAGGUCAGCUGUGUCCGAUGCAAGCGGUAUAAUAUCACUAUUCUCAUCAUCGCAAAAUUCAAGUCAGAAUAAUGCUGCCACAGCGCCAAGGUUAUAUCCACGACGAGCCUGCCCAGUUGAGCCACCUCCAAGGCCGCCAAAACUAUUUUACAGCAGGAAACCACAAGAAUUGUUCGGUGAAAAAGUGGCUACAGAAGAAAACGAUUCUAAUUGUCACCGAAAACUUUCACCUCCUCCAUUGCCACCAAAAACUUACAAACGAAAGCAGCAACAUAAUCGCCUGCAGUAG